CCGCGUUGGCAGGAGAUGGGGGAUUACAAGGCGUUAGAGCCCCCGCGGAUCGGAUGGCGGGGUGAGUUCCCACCUCCCGGCUCAGGCUCGGACGGGGCAGCCCGGCGCGCGCCGCGGCGGAGGAAAGGCCCCGGCGCAGGCCCCGGAUCUCUGCGUCUGCGCCGCCGCCAUCGUCCCAGCUGAUGGGUCGGGAUACACGCUCGCGCUCGCGGUCAACGGGUCGCAGGGAUCGCAGGGGCCGAAGGCGGCGGAGCCGGAGCAGGAGUCGAAGCCGAAAUCGGAGCGGGAGCCAUGGGCGGCGAAACCGGCGGCGCCGGGACGACGAAGGGCGACGGAGGCGGCGGAGCCGGGAGCGCAGGUCAGAUUCAGAGGAAGACCAGUGGCAGCGGCGAGGAAGACAGGGCCGGAGCCCACAGCCACCUCAGUGGCGCUCACAGGACCAGUCCUCCUCGUCUGACUCCGGCAAUGAGCGGCAGUGGCAGCACCAGGGCCGCUGGGCCCGCCGCCGGCGGACCCGCUCCUGCUCCUCCUCCUCCAGCUCUGCGUCCCCAGACCGCUCCCAGAGCUCGAGGGACGUGGCGGCGGCCCUGAGCCAGCAGCAGGACCUGCAGGAGCGGCUGCGGCUGCGCGAGGAGCGGAAGCAGCAGGAGGAGCUGAUGAAGGCCUUCGAGACGCCCGAGGAGAAGCGGGCCCGGCGCCUGGCCAAGAAGGAGGCCAAGGAGAGGAAGAAGCGGGAGAAGAUGGGCUGGGGCGAGGAGUACAUGGGCUACACCAACACCGACAACCCCUUCGGCGACAACAACCUCCUGGGCACCUUCAUAUGGAACAAGGCCCUGGAGAAGAAGGGGAUCGGCCACCUGGAGGAGAAAGAGCUGAAGGAGCGGAACAAGAGGAUCCAGGAGGACAAUCGGCUGGAGCUGCAGAAGGUGAAGCAGCUCCGGCUGGAGCGGGAGCGGGAAAAGGCCAUGCGUGAGCAGGAGCUGGAGAUGCUGCAGCGGGAGAAGGAGGCGGAGCACUUCAAGACGUGGGAGGAACAGGAGGACAACUUCCAUCUCCAGCAGGCUAAACUUCGCUCCAAGAUUCGAAUCCGGGAUGGACGGGCCAAGCCCAUUGACCUGCUGGCCAAGUACAUCAGCGCUGAGGACGAUGACCUGGCUGUGGAGAUGCAUGAGCCUUACACCUUCCUCAAUGGCCUCACGGUGGCUGACAUGGAGGACCUGCUGGAGGAUAUCCAGGUGUACAUGGAACUUGAGCAGGGCAAGAACGUGGACUUCUGGCGGGACAUGACCAUCAUCACGGAGGAUGAGAUCUCUAAGCUCCGCAAGCUGGAGGCCUCUGGCAAGGGCCCAGGCGAGCGACGAGAGGGCGUUAACACCUCGGUCAGCUCCGAUGUGCAGCUGGUCUUCAAAGGGAAGACGUACAGCCAGCUGCAGGUCAUCUUCCAGGGUAUCGAGGGCAAGAUCCGGGCCGGGGGCCCCAACCUGGACAUGGGAUACUGGGAGAGCCUCCUGCAGCAGCUGCGUGCCCACAUGGCACGAGCCCGGCUUCGCGAGCGGCACCAGGACGUGCUACGGCAGAAGCUCUACAAGCUGAAGCAGGAGCAGGGCGUGGAGAGCGAGCCCCUCUUCCCCAUCCUCAAGCAGGAGCCCCCGUCUCCGGGCCACAGCCUGGAGCCCGAGGACCAGGCCCUGACCCCACCAGGGCCCUCCUUGGAGGGCGGCCCCGGGGAGCCUGAGGCCGAGGAGGCCACCGCGGCAGAGGCCGAGGCCGAGGGCGAGGCUGUGCUCAUGGAGGAGGACCUGAUCCAGCAGAGCCUGGACGACUAUGACGCCGGCAAGUACAGCCCCCGGCUGCUCACGGCGCACGAGCUGCCGCUGGACGCCCACGUGCUGGAGCCCGACGAGGACCUGCAGCGCCUGCAGCUGUCGCGGCAGCAGCUCCAGGUCACAGGCGACGCAAGCGAGAGUGCGGAGGACAUCUUCUUCCGGCGGGCCAAGGAGGGCAUGGGCCAGGACGAGGCGCAGUUCAGCGUGGAGAUGCCGCUGACGGGCAAGGCCUACCUGUGGGCUGACAAGUACCGGCCUCGCAAGCCGCGCUUCUUCAACCGCGUGCACACGGGCUUCGAGUGGAACAAGUACAACCAGACGCAUUACGACUUCGACAACCCGCCCCCCAAGAUCGUGCAGGGCUACAAGUUCAACAUCUUCUACCCCGACCUCAUCGACAAGCGCUCCACCCCCGAGUACUUCCUGGAGGCCUGCGCCGACAACAAGGACUUCGCCACGCUGCGCUUCCACGCCGGGCCGCCCUACGAGGACAUCGCCUUCAAGAUCGUCAACCGCGAGUGGGAGUACUCGCACCGCCACGGCUUCCGCUGCCAGUUCGCCAACGGCAUCUUCCAGCUCUGGUUCCACUUCAAGCGCUACCGGUACCGGCGGUGACGGCCCUGCGUCCCCGGGCGGCUGGCAGGCGUGAGGCUGGCAGCCUUCCCCGGUGGGCCACAGCCCCUCUCCCCCUGUGAGAACAGCAAGUCUCCUGGAACUGCCUCCGAGACCUGAGGGAGGACGGGGAAGGGCCGGCCCAGGAUCCUGACGUGCAGGAGGGGCCGCUGGGGGGACUCUUUGAGCCCAGGGAACCCAGCAAGUGUCAGCCAGCCUCCUGUCCACGUGGGCAGUGAAGCCCCAGUUCCAGCUUAGACGAGCUCUGCAGAGCAGGCCUAGGGGCGGGUGGGGGAGGCCCACGCUUCUGAGGAAAUCCACGUUCAGAGCAUUGAUUGGCCCUUGGACACAGCCGGCUGUUGGAGGGCCCACACCCCUGGCCCUUUCCCAGCAGCCCCCCUCAGUGCCCACUCCGUGGAACCCGGACCCUUGUGGUGCAUGUUCCAAAAGAGACCAUUUGAGGGACAUCACUCUCACCUCCCCUGGUGCUGGUGGUGGUCAGUCUCCCCAAGUGGGCACGAAGGACCUGUCACCCACCAACAGGUCCAGGAACAAGGGUCACUGAGAAGUCCUUCCACAGCCACUGAGCAAGGGAGCCCAGGAGACGCCUCCAUGGGUGCAGCUGUGUUCCCCUCUCCUCGGACGCUGUUUUUAAGGCCACCCCCCAGCCACCACACAGCUGCCCUCCUCGUCCUGUCAGACGGACAGUCACUCGCCCACAGGCACAGGCUGUCGGCAGCACAGCGGGCCAACCCCAGCAGCAUGGCUGUUGGCGCUCUGUGAUGAAGACAUUUCUAGAGGGAAAGAACCGCACCAAACCCCCGGCUCCUCGGGCAGCCCCGCCAGAGCCCCGUCACCGGGAAGUAUUUUAGGUUGUUGCUCUAAAAAGACUUUUUUAACUGGGGAGGGGAAAUCUUGUUUACUUUCAUUAAUUGGUCUACUCAUAGAGUACUUUUUU